GUCUCAUUCAUGGCUUCUGGAGCUGUUUUCAAUUUGUCUGAUUCUAGUCUUCUCAAAAUCCUUCAAGGUGACAUAACCGAGUGGUCCGUGGAUGCGUCCGCCGAUGCUAUUGUCAAUCCAGCAAAUAAACGAAUGCUAGGUGGUGGUGGCGCCGAUGGAGCAAUACAUAGAGCUGCUGGGCCACAGAUGAGAGCAGCAUGCUAUGACAUCCCUGAGGUUCGUCCUGGAGUGCGUUGUCCAACCGGUGAAGCAAGAAUCACACCCGGUUUCAACUUGCAUGCAUAUCAUGUGAUUCAUACUGUUGGACCAGUCUAUGACUCAGACGUCAACCCUAGAGAAUCCCUCACUAGUUCUUACAGAAAUUGUCUUACAGUGGCAAAGGAAAACAACAUCAAGUACAUUGCAUUUCCUGCCAUAUCUUGUGGGAUUAAUGGAUAUCCUUCUGAUGAAGCUGCUGUGAUCGGCAUAUCGACGAUCAAAGAAUUCGCCAAUGACUUUAAAGAGGUGCAUUUUACUCUGUCCGCGGACGAUAUUUAUAACGUGUGGGUAAACAAAGCAAAUGAGAUGCUACAAGAAGCUUAAGAUUCCAUCUGCCGCCUAAGUGAAUGGCCAAGUAAACAUGAGUAAAUAAGUUGUGUUAGUGUGAUGAGAGCCUUGUGUUAUACUCCACACAAAAGAAACACUUGCCGUUUUGUGUUAUGUGAUGAGAGCCUUGUGAUAUUUAUGGUCCUUUGGAUUUAAGAGUUGAAAGUUGAACCCAACAAAAACAGUCGGUUUUAUAAAUAAAUUCCAGUUUAUUUGUAAACUAAACCCUCCUGGAAUCCAACAAACUUACCUGAAAAUUGAAAAAGGAAAUUGUAGGAUAUUCUACUACAAAAUAUAGAAAAAUAUUAAAAUUAACAUGAUCGUUAAAAUAAAAAACCAAAUUAAAUAUGAUCGCUAAAAAC